AUGGCCCUCCUGCUCUCUCUACUGACAGCACUGGUGAUGCUCAGCUAUGGCCCUGUUCCAUCCCUGGGCUGUGAUCUCUCUCAGAACCACAUCCUGGCUAGUAGGAAGACCUUUGUGCUUUUGGGCCAAAUGAGGAGACUCUCCCCUUUCUUCUGUCUGAAGGACAGAAAGGACUUCAGAAUCCCUCAGGAGAUGGUGGACAGCAGUCAGCUGCAGAAGGUCCAGACCAUCUCUGUCCUCCACGAGAUGCUCCAGCAGACCUUCAACCUCUUCCACACAGAGGGCGCCUCUGCUGCUUGGAUCUCCCUACUUCCUGAACUGAACUCCCUUAUCGAGACAGGUCCCCGACAGCUCUGGAAGCUUCUCAGGUGGUUGCAGGAGGGCUUAACAGCCUCCAGUUUACGGAGUUAUUCAGUGAUCUUGACUCUGAAGAAGCAACUCCAGUCAUCACAUUCUUUGCGAUCAGUGGUUCGCGGUAUCCGCGCGCCCCCUGGAGGUCAUACAGCUAAAUUACAGGGAUCCUCUGCCGCAGCCAUGCAUACUGUAUUUGCUAGGACCUGUUACCGAGCUAUCAAAGCCUGA